AUGGACACAAACAGGCUGAUUGUCCCAAACGUCCUCUGUGUGAGCAUUGUCACAAGAGAGGUCACGAGUCACGGGACUGCAGACAUCGGCCGCAACCUGAGUGUGUGUCUCAAGGAGACGAUUCAAGACCCUCGAUUAUCUCGCAUACCAUAUGCGGAGAUUAUUAGCCAUUGCGGAGGAACACAGACAGUUACAAGCGCCAUUCUUGAGUCAAUAGAUCCUGCAGUAAGGGCUCUCGAAGGAAAAGAAAUCACGACAAGACAGCUAGACGAAAUCUUUUUAACACAGUCUAGAGAGCGCAACUGUUGGCCAAAAAAUAGUGGCUAUCUGAAUUUUGUCAAAGACGAUCGCGAUGAAAAGUACUGGCGUCCUUACGUUGGCCAGUCUGAGAACCCCUUGUUGCGAAUCAAGCAGCAUAAGAACAUCAUCAAUUUGGCAUGCGAUACUUUACACUACUAUGUGAUCUGGAAAGGCGAUGGUCACAGAUGGGCUAAUUUCAUUCGUCUAUGGACCUUGAUACUUCCUGAAGGCAUGGAUGAGAGUAUCCAUAUUGUCUUCAACAAUAAAUAUCCUCGAAAUGGUGAUGGGUCGUGUAUUUCAAUCGCUUCCCCGGAAAACCCCGGAAACAUGGUUUGGCCCUAUGAGUGA